AUGUCUUCCAUCAUCGGCCUGGGUCUUAGAGGCUUCCUGGUCCUCUGCGGAGCCGUCGUCCUCGGCCUGUCGGUUACGCUGGCCAAGAAGCAGCUCUUGGGCAGCCCCCCGUCCGAGACGAGCUUCAGCGCAUUCUCGGGCGCCUUUGGCAUCAUCGCCUCUGCGCUGGGCAUCGCCGCCAUCUUCUUCGACUCGAUCCCCGUGCUCGUGGCCGCCGCCGUCGAUGUGCUGGCCGCCAUCUUCUACCUGGCCGCAGGCGUUGUAAGUGCCCCCCACGCGGAACGACUCAAUUCCACACCCUUCCCAGAGUCUCACACACUGAUUCGCGACCCUUUCAAACAGGCCAUGGCCGUUGCCCUCAAGGGCGUGUCGUGCACAGACGGCUCCGACAAGGGCGACUUCCUGCGCUACAGCAACAAGCUGAUCAACGGCGGCUGCGUCGACCUCAAGGGCCCCGUCUGCGGCGUCGGAAGCGAGAGCGACUGGAAGGGCGCCCUCAAGUCGCGGUGCACACAGGUCCAAGCCGACUUUGCCUUUGAGUUUAUCGCCUGUGCCUUCGGCCUCGGCGCGCUCGCGUUCCUGUUUCUCUCCUCCAAGCGGUCGGGCAGGACUUCCUAUGUCUAA